UUCGCUGAGGAUCCUGGGUACAUAGCUCCAUAGUAAUGCAGCGUAGAGGACUUUAAACACACAUGCAACGCAACAACACAGGGACGAGAGCAAACUGAGAACACACAUUGUUGCUCUGGAUUUUACGGGUCUCUCUCUACACUGUCAAUACGCUUAGUUUAGUUACAUUGUAUUCACAUAAUCGCUUCUGUAACCUACCCAAUUGAUAUGACCGCGUCCUGUUCCGCUUGCUUGGGGAGAGAGAGUACAACAACAGGAAUUAAUCGUAGCUACACCGUUCUGGUCCCUUCGAGACGGUUUACCGGGAAAUGGUAACGUUUGCACGGCAUUGGAAGGACCAUGGUUGAGGCGAGCAGCAAAUUUCUCCUAAUUGUAGUCGGCUCCGUCUGUUUUAUGCUGAUCUUAUAUCAAUACGUCGCGCCCGGGGUUAUCAAUUUCGGCUCACCACACGGGUAUUUCACUGAGGAGGACGAUGGAGGGGACAUUUUCCCUUCCCCAGACCCGCACUACGUCAAGAAAUACUACUUCCCAGUCCGGGAUUUGAAGCGAACGGUGGAAUUUGAAAUCAAAGGUGAAGAUGUGAUAGUUUUUUUACACAUUCAGAAGACAGGAGGGACAACGUUCGGGAGACACCUGGUUCAGAAUGUGAGGUUGGAGGUUCCGUGUGACUGUAGACCGGGUCAGAAGAAAUGUACCUGUUAUCGACCCAACCGAAAAGAGACCUGGUUAUUCUCCCGGUUCUCCACCGGUUGGAGUUGUGGCUUGCACGCGGACUGGACCGAGCUAAAAAAUUGUGUUCCUGGAGUUCUAGAUAAAAAGGAGACCAAGAUGAAAAAUGAAAGGAAAUUCUACUACAUAACCCUCUUAAGGGACCCAGUGUCUCGGUACCUCAGCGAAUGGAGACACGUCCAGAGGGGCGCGACGUGGAAGACCUCAUUACACAUGUGUGAUGGACGUACCCCUACGCCGGAGGAACUACCAGCCUGCUACGAGGGUUCUGAUUGGUCAGGAUGUACCUUGCAGCAGUUCAUGGACUGCCCUUAUAACCUGGCCAAUAACAGACAGGUUCGUAUGCUAGCGGACCUGAGCUUGGUAGGCUGCUACAACAUGUCUACAGUCCCAGAGCAGAGGCGUUCCCAGCUGUUAUUAGACUCUGCUAAGAAGAACCUGAGGGACAUGGCCUUCUUCGGCCUGACAGAGUACCAGAGGAAAACCCAGUUCCUGUUCGAACGCACCUUCAGACUGAGGUUCAUACGACCCUUUAUGCAAUACAACAGCACCAGAGCGGCCGGAGUGGAUCUGGACAACACUACGGUGCAGCGCAUCGAGGAGCUGAAUGAGCUGGACAUGGAGCUGUAUGAUUACGCCAGAGACCUGUUCCAGCAGAGAUACCAGUACACCAGGCAGCAGGAACGACGGCUGCAACGACUCAGGACCCACAACCAGAACCACAAUGGUCAGGGGUUAGGGGUCGAGGGUCAAGGUCUGGUAGUGGGCCUGUGGCCUUCUAGAUCAAAACAAACCCCUGUACCAGGAGAGGGAGAAGUAGAGGACCCAGAGGAAGGGGGGAGAACAGAGGAGGUGGGAGGGAGAUUACCGACAGAAGACUAUAUGAACCAGAUAAUGAAUCGUUGGUAACACACACACUCAUCGGAGGUUAGAGGUCAGGGGUGAAAGUGUAUAGGGUAGCUAUGGAGACUGAAGUAGAGGAGUGAAAUGGAUUGAAUGUCGCUGACAACCGGCUUUCAUCCUUCCCUCUCUCUCCCUCUGUCUCUCUCUGGUACCCCACGUAAAGGGCACGGUGAAAAUAACUAUAGUGGGGAAACCUCUGUACUUCCUGGAUGUAUAGCUCCAAUCAGAGAGCAGAGCUUUGAACCAUUGGACAGUAAGUUUUCCAUUGGCUGAGCUGAACCAAGGAAGUGAAAAUGUGACAUCUACAGAAAAAAGACUGUACGUAAAGCAAGAGUUGGACUAUGUAUAAAAAGCUUUUUGCUUGAAAAUCAGCCACCAUUUCGGAGAAGAACAUGCGUCUUAAUGACGCAAUUCUCAUUUUAGAACUACUAUGUUGGUUAUUAUUUAGUUUUUAUGCUUUCUUUUAAAGCAGAAUUGUAAUGACGCUGAGACCAAUGUUACUGCCUAAAGAAACAAGUGAUUCUUUUAUUUUGAUGUUUUUUAAAGGAAAUGUAACCGCUAGAUGGACGUACCAUGGACCAUAGCCAUUAUUUAAACAUUAUGGGGACAUUAUGCAUAUAUGUGUGUAGACAACUGGGUAACAAUGAAUCCAGAUGACAUCCUAUUCCCUUUGUGGGGCACUACUUCUAUUCCAACACCUUAUUAUUCCUUAUGUAGUAUGCUACUUCUGAUGCCCUAUUCCCUAUAUAGUGCACUACUUUUCAUCAGAGCCCUAUAAGGAAUAGGGUGUGAUUUGAGAUGUGGCCAUGGAUGUGAUGAAUGUUCGAGCUGAUCUGAUGGAGUGUAAAUGGAACUGAGCCCAACCCUACUUUUGAUUGGUAGUUAGUGCCUCUCAGGACAGGGAUGAUGACUAUUAGGUCUACCUGAUAUUUCAGGCUCACACCACUUUUAUUUUUUGACUACUUUUUCUGUGUGUGUCUGUCUGUGUGCGCAUACAUGUAUGUCAGUGUAAAUAGUGUGUAUGCAUUUGUAAAUAUCCUGUGUGAUUGCAUGUGAGAUAGAGAGAGUGAAUGGCUGUAGCAUUGCUGUGUGAUUGACUUGCUAUAUGACAAAUAUCUUGCCAUAGUGUUAGAGGGCUGAAUGGGAACCCUUUUAAUUUAUUCCUAACAUGGAGGGAGAGACACACACAGACAAACGCUUGAGGUAGAGGUUUCCCUUAACCCUAGGUAACCUUAAUAUCUGACUGUGUAUCACUCCCAAAUGAAUACCACUAUGUCCAAAAUACAGCACUACUCAGUGAUGGUAAAGCUUUUGGAGUACCUCAAACUCAAAUUAUAACAAGUCAAACUGCUAUAAACUUCCUUUACAAUAAUCUUAUCGCUUAAACUAGUGUCUUAAAUAUUUAUGUUGAAUGAAAUUGAACAUUUCCAUCACAAACAUUUACUUCAUGUUUGUCUCAACUGGUUUUUAAAAUGUUCUGCAGAUGAUGUCCCGUUCCCUCUAUCAGCACCAUUCAGGCAAUUUUUCUUAGGAUUGCAAAAAUUGAUCAUCAAACCACCAAUUAAAAUAUUUUGUUUUUGUAAAAACUGUC